GCAAAGGGGAAGGGGAAAAAAAAGAGAGAGAGAGAGGAAAACAACGUGAUCCGUGUGUUAAACAAAAGAAUUUGUGGACGAGGAGGGGAGGGCAACUACCUGCGGAAAGGGAACUUUCUUGAUAUCCAUGCAUAUAUAUAAACUUAGCCCUGCCUUUGAUGUUCUGCAACUGAUCGCCGAUCAGAUUACGGCAUUUCAUCUCCCUGCUCGUCUGCCUUUGAUCUGCAUGGUUAAUUUUAUUUUCCUGGAUUUGAAGUUUCGUCCGGGCUUGUGCUGACAUACAUUUUUGGGAAGGUAGCAGCACUUGGCACAGAAAUGCUGCCACGGAGAAACUGAGUUGCCGAAAGGGUGAGUCCUGGAAAGAGUUCAGCACGUUUGCAGAAAACUCUUCAACAAAAGGGAGCCAUGACUUUCAAAGCGCACCUGGGACAAGAGAGGGCAUUCCGCACUGUUGUAGUUUUACUGGCCUAUUUGGUAUGUAGAGUGAUUUGCGAAACGGGAGACUGUCGACAACAAGAAUACAGGGAUGGGUCUGGAAAUUGCGUUCUCUGCAAGCAGUGUGGGCCAGGCAUGGAGCUGUCUAAGGAAUGUGGCUUUGGCUACGGGGAGGAUGCCCGGUGCCUGACCUGCCGGCCGCACCGGUUCAAGGAGGACUGGGGCUUUCAGAAAUGCAAGCCGUGCCUGGAGUGCGCCGUGGUGAACCGCUUCCAGAAGGCCAACUGCUCUGUCACCAGCGACGCCGUCUGCGGGGACUGCUUGCCAGGAUUUUAUAGGAAGACAAAACUCGUCGGUUUUCAAGACAUGGAGUGUGUACCUUGCGGGGACCCCCCACCCCCUUACGAGCCACACUGUACCAGCAAGGUCAACCUCGUGAAGAUCCCGUCCACGGCCUCCAGCCCGCGGGACACAGCCCUGGCGGCCGUGAUCUGCAGCGCCCUGGCCACCGUCCUGCUGGCCCUGCUCGUCCUCUGUGUCAUCUAUUGUAAGAGGCAGUUCAUGGAGAAGAAACCCAGCUGGUCUCUGAGAGCACAGGACAUUCAGUACAACGGUUCUGAACUGUCAUGUUUUGACAGACCUCAGCUCAACGGAUCUGCUCCCAGACCGUGUUGUAAGUGUCACCGGGACUCGGCCCAGACCUGCGGGCCGGUUCACUUGAUUCCGUCCCUGUGCUGUGACGAGGCCUGCAGCAUCGACCGGGUGACUCUGGGCUGUAGAGUGCAUUCCAAGACCACUCUUCAGGAGAGACACGCAGGUCCGGUGGGGGAGACCAUGCCCACUUUCUUCGGGUCCCUUUCAAGGUCCAUCUGCGGCGAGUUUUCAGAUGCCUGGCCUCUGAUGCAGAACCCCGUCUGUGGUGACGACAUCUCUUUUUGUGACUCUGAUCCUGAACUCACUGGAGAAGACGUUCAUCCUCUCAGUCCGGAAAACCACUGCUCGUUCUCCUCGGAUUCAGACAGUCGUCAGGAUUCGGUUGGUGGAGCUCUUCCAAUUCAAGCUCGUCCUGAAAACUUGACAGACGCCGCUGAUUUCUCUAGACCUCACAGCUCACUGACGGAAUCAGUGCUAACUCAGGCUACACUGCCUGCCAGAAGGCAGCUGCAUCAGGAGAGCGGCGACAUGACCGGCCUGACGGCUCAGACGUCCCUCCAGGAGAAGAAUACGGAUGGAACCCAGCAGGCACUUACUCCUCCGCUUGGGCUUAUGGACUGAGCGCUGUCUGGACCUUGCAUGGCUUCUGGGGGGAAAGAAAAUAAAUCUGAACCAAACUGAUGGCGUUUUAAGCCUUUCAACCAGUUGCUUCUGAGCCAGACCAGCUGUAAGCUGAAACGUCAAGGAAUAACAAGCAAAGACUCCAGGCACUCACGAUACUUUGCAUCUUUCCUGAACAAGAAGCUUCUAUGCGGCAAGCGAGACUUCAAAGACUGAUGGGUUGAGUUUGCAGCCUACGAGAUUAUGAGCAUGUAACAAGAAACAGAAGUGCAUUCAUGCGUAUUUGCAUGGCGAAUGUGGUCUCACCAGACUGAAGACCCAGGGUGUAAGUUUUCGCUGACGUUUGCUCUCCAGAAAUAAUUUCACAUAGCCGCUGAUCCUGUUAAAAGUCAACGUCAGAUUGGUUUCCUUAGUUUUUAUGGAGAGUGGUUCCAAACUGAGCACGCGUAUUUGAGGAAGCUCACGUUUCCGUCGUCUGAUUAGUUUAGGAGGUAAGAACGGACUUGCACGCCACCUGCCUACAUCAUGGGUCUGUUCGGUGAAGUGAACUGGCCCGACUAGGAAUCAGAGGAGAGCAAGUCUUUGCUGGAGUCGACACGAGUAACCUCGGCCACCGGUCUCAGGAGCCCUGCUAGACCCAGUAUCGAGAGGGCCCAGGCUGGGAACGUGGUCUUUUCACUGAUUACCCGCCUUGCAAACCACUGAGCACGUCUAUCCUAGAGACUUGUGUGCACUGAUUAACAUACUUCUGCGGAAAUCAGUCGAUCGGAAGCAUUUGUUACUUCUGUCCCUGUGACUGGGCUCAAAAGAUCCAGAAGCUGUCCUUUACACAAAAGUGGUAUUUGUAAAGAUAAUGUUCUUUUUUUUUUUCCUUCCCAUCCUCCUCACCCGCCAGUGUCCUGCCUCUGACAACCACCAGUCUGUUCUCUGCACCUGUGAGUUGGGUUGUGGUUUUGUGUUUGUUUCGCAUCCUAUCUGACACGAAGGGCUUUAGAAACUACAUGUCAGGUUCCCCUGCCGCCAAGAUGGAACACCGUGCGGGUAGUCCCAUGAGACUGCACUACCCAGUAGAACAAAAAGAAAAAGCACAAUUUGUAGACGGCGUGUAGGUGAACAGUUUGUGAUUCCCCUUAGGCAGUCUGGCCAAGUACGACGGUGCUCCCUCCGACCGUGUACAUUUCGUUCCCACCGUGAUCUCCUAUCUCAGCCACUGAGGCUGGGUGUAAGUGCUUCAUUCUGGCACCCCAUCCCUCACCUGCUUGGUAGUUACACACCAGAAUUCUCUCUACGGCUAAGCUAGAAAUGAACCCAGUUCAGUCACGAACCAGGGGAUGGCUCGUUUGCUGUUACUCUUCGUGCCCUGGGGAGGAAUUACCAGAAGAGGAUUGAUUUGUUUCCUACUUGAACCUGCAUGAUCACCUCUGGCCUUUGUCUUUUCACUGAUUACCGUUGGCUCUGUCACACUUGCACUUAAAAGAGAAACAGAACAUCAUUGUGUUUGAGUGCACUAAAAUUCUUCUGUUUCACAACUGCCCCAACCAAAGCAGUGUCUUACCUAACGUUUAAACUGCAUUAAAAAAAAAAAAAAAAAAAUCUUAGGACAUACUUAUCUUCUCACUUCUUGAAACUGUGUUUCCACUCUUUGCAGGGUAUUUAGGAAAAUCUAAUGAGUCCUCUUCCUCGUGGCUGGGCUAGGUUAUCUAGCUGCAGUUUUAGGUUCAAAUGUGUGUGGAUUCUCGUGACCUCGGUUCCUUUAUCCAAAAUAGGAAAUUGGAGUCGUCUCAGGGUAACCCAUAGCCUUCUGCAUCUAAUACCCAGCCAUAACUGAUUGGCUUUUCCUCUUCUCCUUUUUUUUUUUUUUUUUUGUAGCAUGAACUAAUGGUUUUUCAACUUUGAUUAACUCACCAGCUCUUAUGAGAGUUGCUUCAGGAAAGUCAUGUACAGUAUUUAGGAUUUGACCACAAGAUGUCCAUGAAAAUGCACACUGGAGUUUCCUUGAGUGGUUUCCCUGUAAUUCACAUAUGUGUGCCAUUGUUUGCAAUCUGAUCGUUUUGUUUUGACAGAGGGAUGAUCAAAGUAGGCCAGGGUUGUGCUCCUUCUGGUGACCUGAAUAUAUUUUCCACAUGUAGAAACCCUCCUCGACUUCAAAGACGUAUAGUUGCUGGAGAGAAGGCUGGAUCGAUGGGAAUGAGACUGUGGCCCCCAAACCCUGAAACAUCACUUUCGAUCAGUAGGGAAAUACUGAGGGUUAAACAUCAAUUUCAUCUGAUGCUGCAUUUGGAAAAUCCUGGGUUAUUUUAUCAGGAUGAACACACUUGACCACCAGUGACUACAGAAACAUACAAUAAUGCUAGAGUCUUCUAUACUUUGGGUAAACACCUGAGAGGAAAAUCCCGUCUGCGUUUCCCACAGUCGGAAUAUCCCGCUAGCACCCACACGGAUUCCCCACGUGGGUGCUGGGAAAUCAUCAUCGGGUAAUGAGACUGGGAGUGAGAAUCGGUGUGACGUCUAAUGGUGCAGAAACCCACCAACAAGAAUGAGACGAGGAUUUGGGGAACAACCAUGUAAAGGCAUGGGUUUUCUCAUUUUGUGUAUAUGGAAUAUAUUUUUCCAGUAUAGAUUUUUGUACUCUAUAAAGUGUUCAUGUUGCUAUUAUCUAGUUAAGCUCUACUGUUUGUGCUAGUAAAAAAAAAGAAAGAAGAAAAGAAAAAAGAAAAGAGUCCGUCAUUGCUUGAAGGUCGCCAGCUUGAGUCAAUUUAGAUUUCAUCAUUACUAUUUUGCAUACUGGAAUUUACAAAUUUGUAAAUUUUCAUUUUCUUACACAAAUAGUUUUGUAAUACCCUUUUUUAUAUGUGAAUAAAAUUGUUAUCUGGUAUUCAUUCA